UGAGGCGAGCAGGCGGUCCGUCUUCAUAAGGAACUCUCCUGUAGGAGGUGAUACUAAACCCCCCCCCCUUCUUUUCCGACCUGAAACAGGAGCCGGAGUCCGGAGCAGGAUGUAUUGAUCUGUUUGGCUGUAGUGCUUCUCCGGCAGAUCCUCCAUGCGUCAGCCCCGGGAAUGGAACAGGAAUCCGGUGCGGCGGCGUCUGCGGGGAGUUUCAUCUCCCUGAAUGAACAUGAGCAGAGGUAUUACUCAGGUCUCCACGGUCUGUGCCAGGCUGACACUUCAGGAAAACUGUCGUCCGGCAAAGUGGCAGAGCUGUUCAAGGCGUCUCAGCUACCUCCCGAAUCCCUGCAUAAAGUGACCGAGGUGUGUGGAGCGAAGCGUCUGGGUUACUUUGGUACAUCUCAGUUUUACGUGGCUCUGAAGCUUCUCGCAGCCGCCCAGUCUGGCCUGCCCAUCCGCCUGGAGAGCGUAACCGCCAAUCUACCUCUGCCUAGAUUUGUUGGUCUGAAGAAUGAACCAGAGAUGCGAUACUCAACUGGCCCCCCCAGCGUGGACGCUCAGGGUGCUCAGUGUGGAUCUGCACCCGGUUCUGUCUCCUGGACUCCAGCAGACAGGAACACCUUCAGGCAUCUGGAGGCCAGCGUGGAUAAGAAGGAACCCUGGUCCCCACCGCAUUCCCCAUGCAGUUCACCACCUCGCUCUCCGUUGACGUAUCGCAGCUACCCGUACACCAAGCAGAGAAAUGGAGUUGACCCACAAAUUGCCUACGAAAGCAAACAUUCCUCACGGCCGAUCGUUCAGCUGGAGCAGUACUCCUCACCCAGCAAAUACGGGACCAAACCCACUGGGGAGCAUCCAGCUAUGACUCUGGCUUCCUCAGCAGAGAGGCUCGAGCAGCAGGGUGUAUCGGACUAUGCUGAGGAUGACCCCUGGAGGAUCACAGAGGAACAGCUGGAGUAUUACACCAAUCAAUUCAAAAGCCUGCAGCCUGACCUGGGGGCUCUCAUCUUGGGAGCUGUAGCCAAAAAUUUCUUCACAAAAUCCAAGCUCCCAAUUCCAGAGCUCUCCCACAUUUGGGAGCUGAGUGAUGUGGAUAGAGAUGGGGCUCUCACGUUCUCUGAGUUUUGCACAGCAUUUCACUUGAUUGUGGCUCGCAAGAAUGGUUACCCUCUCCCAGAGAGCCUGCCUCCCAGCCUGAGGCCAGGGUUCACACAGCAUGAAGAGAACAUACCCGACACUCCUGAGAGUGCAGGGCCUUUAAUUGUCUUUGAGGAUCCUGAACGGAGGCCCAGUCAGCUGGAUCCUGGCAUCACGCAGAGGCUCCAGCCAAGCUUGACCUCAACAAAACAAGACUUGAAAGAAGAAUCCGGUAAACAAGUGUCUCCAGAUGUGAAGAGGCUUCCGAAAUCUCGAGAGAAAGAAACUCUACAACUCGGUCCUUUUCCUGAGAGGCCAGAACCACCUCAAGAUCUGGACCCACAGAUGAAGACAAAAACGAGACCGAGGUCCUACUCCAGCGCUUCUAUCGAGGAAGCUAUGAAGAAGGCGGAAGAGCCACCCACCCCUCCGCCACGACCACAGAAGACCCACUCCAGGGCCUCCUCGCUGGACCUCAAUAAGCUCCUCCAGCAGGGCGCUCCGGGAGUAAAAAGUGGGUGGCUGCUGCCUCCUCCAGCCCUCCCUCCUAGACCAACAGCUUCACAGGUUUCUCAUUUUCUCAGUACUUCAGAGAAAACUGUCCAGAGCAAAGUGCAGCAGCCAAACUUUGCUGACUUUAGUCACUUCAGAGAAGAGGAGGAGAGCAGCAUGAAACCUGAAGAUCAGGGCCCACACUCCAGAUUUGGACUCAGCACUGAAGACUUGUCAAAUCCUUCGAAGCAGGACAUGACUGCUGCUUCUCACAAUCAACCUCCACAGAAGCCAGUUCGCAGGAAAUAUCUCCCAGAGAGCCAAAACCUGGAGGCUGUACCUCCGCCUGCCAUGCCAUUUCCUCCCCCUGCUAAACCUGCGCAAAAGCUGCUGCCCAGACAGAAGAGGGAGAUCCAGCAGGCUAUUCGUAAGAACAGGGAAACCAAUGCUGUGCUGACACGCCUUAAUAGUGAACUCCAGCAGCAACUGAAGGUGGUUCACAAGGAGAGGGUCACCUUGGAGUCCCAGCUGGAGCUCCUGCGGCCUCUGGCGUCGACGUGACCGAGCCUGAAGUCUGAUCGGAGUCACGUUCCCGCUCUGAGACAAGGGGGGGAUGCGUCAGCUUCUCUAUUAAACAUGAGUUGUUGUCUUUUUUCAUGAACACUGAAUUACAAGUAAAAGGGCUGACGAUGGAAGCAGAAGUGCGUCGUUGACCAGACGAACAGGGAUGUAACUUUGCUCCAGUCUGUGCGUUUCUUUGUGUUACUGUUAAAGAGGAUCUGCAGGACUAAACCGUGUGUUUUUAAAUCACUGUAUAAUAUGCACAUGUAAAAUGUUUUCUUUAUGACUUUCUAACUUAUUUGUGCUGUGAUUCACUCUUAGGUUCUCCCAUAAAUCUUUUAUAGUUUACACCAUGUUUGCACACGUUUCCGUGAUUAUGAAAAAUGUAUUUUCUGUCCAACGAAUCCUCUCAGAGUUCAUGUUUUUCUAUACGCCACAUUUCACGUGUAUCUGCAUACACGGUAUAAAGCAAGUGAUGGUGCUACAGAUUACUUUCUCAUUCUUAAACUGUUUGCACUAAAAGAGAAACAAAAAAGAAAACUGGGCAUUUAGGAGGAUGGCAAAACUCAAAACGUGUGAUGUGCGAUGAAGCGUGCGCGCAAAAUGUGUCUUUUGAAGGACUGUAGCUGUGGCACGUGUGAAGAAUGUCGACGCUGGAUUUGUGUGAAAUAUGAGCCGUUCCGUGUACUCCUGUAAAGCUGUUACAUUGUUUAAGUGUUUCCUGACGUCUUUGUGUUAUCAAAGCCUCCAAAGUCGGCCUUGGUGACUGAAAAAAAAGGAUUUAGCAACCUCAGCAGUCAGCUUUCAAGUGGACUUUAAAACUGUUAUUAUUCAUAUUUAUGAUUUUUUUUUAUUAAUCGCCUUUUCCCUCGUAAAAAGAGGGAAAUAAGAAUAUCAGCAUCAGCUAUUAGCAAGAUUAUUUUAAACCCAGAGUUUCACAAUAAGUGUAUCCCUUAGAGGUUCUUUCAAAAACAAAAAAAACAUUAUGAGCAAUCAGCAAAAGCCAAAUUAGCAUGAAUAACUAAAAGAAAUAAUAAGCACAACAUUCAUCUCAUGGUUUGCAAUAGAUUUGGAGACUGCCUGAAGAAGCAGAUGUCAUGAAUUUAUGUAUUUGGAGAUGCUAUGUGACUCAAGCUUCCUCCUCCUUUUUUUUUUUUUCUUUCCACACGACUGAUGGAUCGUGAUGGCGAUAAUGAGACGGCAUGCCUGUAACUGCAUGAUUGUGCUAAACUGAUGUGAGACUACAUGAACCUGAAAUUGUGCACAACCGAGCUCUGGGCUGAAGACAAUAAUGAAACUCAUAAAUAAAGUUGCCUAUUUUUAUUGCUUGAAAUUAUUUUACUGCCGGAUUGCUGUUUAAAGAUGCCUUGCCCCGGAAUAAAAUGCUCCACGUGCUCGACAGC